AUGUCCAGAUACUACAACACAGUCGAGCGCCUGGACAGGCCAAGUGCCUAUUACCAGGGCAAGAACAAGCGCCGCAGACAUAACGACCGAGAAGAGGCCGAAAAGUACGAAGACCCUGCUGACAAUCUGAGGAAUGCGACAACUCUCUACGUUGGUAACCUGUCGUUCUACACAACGGAAGAGCAGAUCCACGAGUUAUUCGCCAAGUGCGGCGAGAUCAAACGCCUGGUCAUGGGAUUGGAUCGUUUCCAGAAGACUCCGUGCGGUUUUUGUUUCGUCGAAUACUAUACUCACCAGGACGCGCUGGACUGUCUGAAGUAUAUUGGAGGAACAAAGCUUGACGAGCGGAUAAUUCGUACAGAUCUCGAUCCUGGCUUCCAAGAGGGUCGUCAAUACGGGCGCGGAAAAUCCGGUGGCCAAGUGCGAGACGAGUAUCGCGAGGAAUACGACCCCGGUCGUGGAGGAUAUGGUCGUUCAGUCGCAGAACAACGCAGACGAGAGGAAGAAGAAUAUGGCCAGGGAAGGUAG